UUGACUGAUCGGAUUAGCCGGAUCCGCCGAUUCCACCCCUCAAGCCUCAAGUAUUUAUAAAGAAAGCAGAUGCACAAAAUACGACACAUUAUUCUUUGCAACAUAAUCUAAGAGCUGAGCAGAGAAGGAAAGGAGCCUGAAAAAGCUCAUUUGGCCUCUCCUCUACUCUCUCUUUCUCUUAUCUAUAUCUCACCAAAAGUACAGAAGAAAGAGAAGAUCGAACCAGAGAUUUUGAAAAUUAAGCCCACACAAAUCAUGGAAGAAGAUGGAGAUCCGACGACACCCUUUUGGCUACAAACCAGCAACAAUCUAUAUCGUCACCGCAAUCGUCGUUCAUCGUCUCUCCUCCUCAAUCCUCUUCUGUUGAUCGUGUUGCUGCCCAUUGUCGCAUUCCUUCUCUUUUUUUUUGUAAUUCCUUCGCUUCUUUCCUUUGCUUCUCAGGCUUUCAGACCCAAUUCGGUGAAGAGGAAUUGGGAUUCAGUCAAUCUCUUGCUUGUUCUCUUCGCUAUUGCUUGUGGGUUUCUCAAUAGGAGAAACGAGGAUAGCUCCUCUUCCUCCGGCAUCGGUGAAGCUAAUGGCGUCGCUGCUCACGUCUCAGAAGCCGUCUCAGAGAACCCACUUCAAUCAACAAUUCCGAGACGUCAAUGGUUCGAAUAUUCUUCGGAUCCAAGGAUCUACAGUUCUGUCGGGACUGCUACAUCCGAUUCGACCGAUUCGAUUUCGACGAACGCGGUACGUUUGAGGAGGAACUGUAGCUCGUACCCGGAUCUCAGGCAAGAGUUCUCAUGGGUUUCCAGCGACGAAGACAGAUGGCGCUUCUUUGACGACAAUGACAUCGAUUUGAAUACUUAUCGGGCGGCGUCGGAAUCUGUUCUCCGUCGACGGGGACGCCAGACUGAGAGCGAGCAUUUGGGGAUCAGGAGUAUACCAGUGGAAACUUUUGCGCUUCGUCCUACGGAGAGUUCAAAUCCUGCAUCGCCAGCACCUCCAUCUCCAUGUCUCACUCCACCUCUGCCUCCAGCACCACCGCCGCCACCACCACAGCCGCCGCAUCCUCCGCCGGCGAUCAAGCAUAGAAGGAGCCGAACAUUUCAUAGCGUCGAACGUAAGGAAAAGACAGAAAACCCAAUAGAAGUAGUGUCGGAGAUCAAGAGAAUCCAACCCUUGCCGCCUCCAUCGCCACCGCCGCCGCCCCCACCUCCGCCACCAAGACUAGCGUCGCAUCAUCGGUCGGAACAGAAGAGCGGGAGAAGUGACAAGAAGAGAGGGAGUGGAGCCAAGGAAAUAGCCAACACUCUGGCUUCACUGUAUCAAUGCAAGAAGAAGAAGAAGAAGCAGAAGUGCAAGGAUGAUGAGGAUAGCUCAACCCUUCUGUCCCAUCCCUCUUUGUUGCAUUCAGGAGGUUCUUCCAUUGGACCUCCACCACCAUCGCCUCCGCCACCGCCGCCACCACCACCUCCUGCUUCGGUAUUUCACAAUCUAUUCUCUUACAAGAAAACAAGAAAGAGCAAGAGAAUCCACUCAGUCUCACUUCCACAGUUAAAUCCAUCACCACCUCCACCACCUCCGCCACCUCCACGACCUACCGCGUCGUCACGCUCAAUCAAACGGAAGUCCAAGCCCGAGGCACCAUUAGCACCGCCAGAAGAACCCUCAUCAGAUCCUCCCCGACAGAUAAAAACGAGCUCUGCGGCCAGCGGCAGGAAACCUCCAUUGCCGACGAAGACGAGUAGUAUGUUGUACGAGGGUGAAGAGAACUUGAGCAGCGGAGGACAGUCUCCAUUGAUUCCAAUGCCACCACCACCGCCGCCUCCACCAUUUCGAAUACCGGAGCUGAAAUUCGUAGUUCGUGGGGGUUUCGUUAGGAUCCGAAGCAAUCUCAGCUCGCGUAGCAGUUCUCCAGUUGCUUCACCAACAGAAGAACCUGAAUCUGUGUCUGGGUCUUUAUCAUCUACAUCAACAUCGGCAACAACAACCACGACCACCACGACACCUACUGCUACGGCGAUAAUGGACGGUGGAUAUGGGACCGGAGCAUUGUUCUGUCCUAGUCCAGACGUCAACUCCAAGGCUGACACUUUCAUUGCCAGAUUCCGGGCGGGGCUGAAGCUUGAGAAGAUUAAUUCCAUCAAAGAGAAAAAAGCAGCCCAGGGCCUGGGACUGGGCCUGGGCCUAGGCCCAACUCCAAUCACAACCACAACACCAACCACAACCACAACCACAGCCACAGUACCAAGUCAUAUGUGAAAAAAUCAAGGGGUAUUCGUCUCUAAUUAAUUGUUUUUAAAGAAAGACACAGGGAUUUGUUUGUUAAAGAGAUUGAAGUAUAUAGAUAGAUACAUAUAAAUAUCAGUACAGUUGGGCUCUGAUAAUGUAUUUUUGUUACUCAUUUACAGCCCAUGGGAAGGGGUUUUUUUUUUUUUUCAAUUCCUUUAAUAAGCUUGUGUGUGUUUACUCAAAAAAAAAAAAUAAUAAUAAUAAUAAUAAUAAGCUUGUUUGUGCA